AUGAUGCGGUUCCUGACCGUCAUGUGUAGCCUGCCGUUGUCGUUCAUGGGGGAGUUCCUUGAUAUGCCGCCAUACAGGAAGGCCCGCUUCGUCAAGUCAGCUUACUGGGCCGUCGCCCGUGUCAAGGCUUCGAGGUGCCCGUCCUUUCUAUCAGGCGAGAUGAGCGCCUGGUGCAGCUGGCCCACCGUCGUGUACGACAAGGACGGCAAGCCAGACCUAGGGACGCGCCCCCGCCUGCUCCCCGAGAUGUCCGUCCGCGCCGCCUCCAUCGGCUGCGUAGCCAAGGUGUACGAGUUCGUCGAGAACGAAGUCGUCGGCUGGCGGCUGGUCCCGCACCCGGGAUCAGAAGGCGGCUGGUGGAAGUGGAAGUGGGACGACGCGUGCCUCCCGGCCAAAGUCUGGGACGACCUACACUGCGACCUGUCGUCCUUUACGACCAAGAUCAACAAGGUCUUCCGUAUGAACGACGUCAAGUGGGCGCAGGUCUGGCGUUCGGAUUGUGAGUUUGAGCGGCAGGUCUGGACGGGGCGGAUGAUGGACCGGGAGGUGUGGGAGGGGUACGGGGACCCCGGCCGCGUGGAUGGGAAUGCAUGUUAUUGUCGUUGGGGUAGCAGUGGGUGCGGAAUUUGUGUGCUGUUGCCCGAGGCUGAGUUGCCGGAGUGGGAGUUGAUGACGCCGGAUGAGGUCCUGGAGGAAUCUCAUGUCCUGGGGUUUAUGCGGGAGCCUUUGAGCAAGCUUCCCGAUUUGGAAGAAGCCGUGAAGGAGUAU